GGGGUCUUUUGCGAGGGGGCGGAGUUUGUUUCUCUGCAGAGGGAUGCUGAUGCUGAUGGACCAGUGAGUCUGGAAACCCCUUCUCACACAUCGACUGCAGUGAGACUCCCUCAAGCUGAAAGCAUCUGUGCUACAUCUCUCUCUCUCUCUUUCUUUCUCUCUCUCUCUCUCUCCUGUCUGUCCUCCUCCUCCUCCUCUCCUCACUCGCCCAGCAUCACUCCGUCCUCCACAGCUCAGCCUGACUCAUUCAGUUCUCCUCCUCUCCCUCCUCUCUUUCGAGCCGAGCCGAGCCGAGCAACACGACCCGGGAUCAUGUCCACCAACGUGCCCUCCGGGACCGCAGCCGGUGGCUCCGGGGUCAAAAGCAAGCCUCUUUCCCCUUUUAAGAAGCGGGGCAGCCUGCAGUACACGGCCAGCACAGCUGAGUCUGUGUUGGACGGGGUCCUGCAGAGCAAUAAUGGGCUCUGCUCUGAUGGCUCUUCACCUAAAUGGUUCAUCGUCUACGAAGGCACGAAUAGUGUGUGGGCUGCUGAGCUCAGACCGAGCAUGAAUUUCUGCCCCCUCACAGAUACCACGGUGCACCCACCUGCUUCUGACAAGCACCCGUACGAGAACCGGGACCCCACCGGCUCGGCCCCCGAUGUGGGUUACGGCUGCAAGAUGGUGAACGGCGUCAUGCACGUGUACACCAGCAGGGACGUUAUGGAAAAGAGCACAGAGCUUGACCUGCCGUACCCAGACCUGAAGGAGUACAUCGCUGAUAUGAACGUCAUGAUGGCCCUCAUUAUUAAUGGACCCGUAAAGUCGUUUUGCUAUCGUCGGCUUCAGUAUCUCAGUUCCAAGUUCCAGAUGCACGUCCUGCUGAAUGAGAUGAAGGAGCUUGCAGCACAGAAAAAGGUUCCCCACAGAGACUUUUACAAUAUUCGUAAGGUAGACACUCACAUUCACGCUUCGUCUUGUAUGAACCAGAAGCAUCUUCUUCGUUUCAUCAAAAGAGCCAUGAAAAAAUAUCCAAAAGAGAUUGUGCAUGUGGAGAAAGGCAAAGGUCAGACACUCAUGGAGGUGUUUGAGAGCAUGAACCUGACCGCUUUUGACCUUAGUGUGGACACUCUGGACAUGCAUGCCGACCGCAACACCUUCCAUCGGUUUGACAAAUUCAACGCUAAAUAUAAUCCCAUCGGUGAAUCCAUCCUGAGGGAGAUCUUCAUCAAAACCGACAACUACAUCGAGGGGAAGUACUUCGGUCACAUUAUAAAGGAAGUGAUGGCGGACCUGGAGGAGAGCAAGUACCAGAACGUGGAGCUCCGGCUGUCCAUCUACGGCCGCUGCAGAAACGAGUGGGACAAGCUGGCCAAGUGGGCCGUCAGACACCAGGUCUACUCCGACAACGUGCGGUGGCUCGUACAGGUGCCACGACUGUUUGAUGUCUACCGUACAAAGAGACAGCUGUCCAACUUCCAGGACAUGCUUGAGAAUAUCUUCAGGCCUUUAUUUGAGGUCACAAUCAACCCUGGCAGCCACCCAGAGCUGCACCUCUUUCUUCAGCAUGUUGUUGGCUUUGACAGUGUGGACGAUGAAUCCAAACCAGAGCAACAUAUCUUCAACCUGGACAGUCCACUGCCAGCCAACUGGACAGAGGAGGACAACCCGCCAUAUUCCUACUACCUCUACUAUAUGUAUGCAAACAUGACAGUGUUGAAUCACCUGCGCAGGCAGAGCGGCUUCCACACCCUUGUUCUGCGGCCUCACUGUGGGGAAGCAGGGCCGAUCCAUCACCUGGUGUCCGGGUUCAUGCUGUCGGAGAACAUCUCCCAUGGGCUGCUGCUUAGAAAGGCUCCUGUGUUGCAGUACCUGUAUUAUUUGGCUCAGAUUGGCAUCGCCAUGUCUCCUCUUAGCAAUAAUAGCCUGUUCCUCAGCUACCACCGCAACCCUCUGCCAGAGUACCUGUCUCGAGGACUCAUGGUCUCUCUCUCCACAGACGAUCCUCUGCAGUUUCACUUUACCAAGGAGCCAUUGAUGGAAGAGUACAGCAUCGCUGCUCAGGUGUGGAAACUGAGCUCCUGUGACAUGUGUGAGUUAUCCAGGAACAGUGUCUUAAUGAGUGGAUUCUCUCACAAGAUGAAGAGCUACUGGCUCGGCCCAGACUACAUCAGAGAAGGCCAGGCGAGUAACGACAUCAGGCGCACCAACGUUCCCGACAUCCGUGUGGCGUACCGCUACGAGACCAUGUGUGAGGAGCUGAAUUUGAUCACGCAGGCCAUCCGCACAGAUGAGCUGGAGACCAUAGAGGAGGAGGGGGCAUUGUGUAUGGGAGCGGUGCAGGCAGCGAAGUGAACGUGCAGCACACACGGCUCAGCUCACAGGCCACGUUUCCACAUCUGGACAUUGUACCCGUUUGCAUAGAAACAUAUCACUUGUGAAAGAAAAGGAAAACCUUCUAUAUGGGAUGAUUACGAGCUGCUAACAUCAGAAAUUAGAACCUGUGUAUCUUCAGUUUUCUUCCUUUAGUUUCCAGGAGUCGUCGGUUUUGUUCCUGAUGCUUUUUUCCCAAAAUGUCUCUUGACUAAGUUCUUCUAAGAGUAUCAUAGACUGUUCACAUAUUCUGUCACCAUUUACUGUACGUUCAGUGUCUGUAACUGCUGUACCAAGUCUUGCACAUUUUCAAAAAUAUCAUGAAUAAUAAACAGGAUCCAAGAUUGACUGUGAAAAGAAAAAUAAUUUAAACAACAUAUAGAGCUCCAUUUAGGAUCAGGUUACUUGGUUACUUUUUGGGCUAUUUAGGAGGUUUGCCAAUGUUCUUUUUUUUUAUUUUAUUUCUGUUAGUCCUUCAUUAGUUGUUGGGUCUUGCAGCCACUGCUCCAGCUACAUCAAACCUAUAAUAACAUGAGUUAAAGAAGUGAAUAGAUAGAUGUACCAUCCUUGAAAUCUUACAGAAAAAGUAAUAGUAGAGCCAUUUGUCAAUUAGAAAAAAAAAAUUAUAUAUAUAUGUAUAUAAAAUAUUACAUUGCACACAGGUGGACACUGUUUACUAAUUAAACAAUGCCACCAUGUCAGAAACUAGUUGGGCUCAGAAGGAUUUUAUUUCACGGUAUGCGAGUAAAAGGGGCUAUAAAUACAAUAGCAAGUCACAAUUUUCAGAUUUCAUGUUUGAGGUUGUAGCAUGAGAAAAAAAAAACUAAAGUGGUAUAUUUCUAAGACUUAUUGCAGGAAUAUACAUAAAAUGUACCACAUUACAUCUGGGCACGUGUAACAGUGUGUGGACAAAUGUGAAACUGCAGGACACCAAUUAGAGCAUAAAGAUGGACUUAAUGUUUUCCAUUCAUCCAGUCAUUUUCUAAAACCCUUGACCAUAGUGGGGUCAGGAGGACUGCUGGUGCCUAUCUCCAGUGAACGUUUUGGGUUCAGGAGGGGUCACCCUGGACAGGUCAGACUUAAAGUUUUAAUUUUAAUAGUUCACAGAUUACCAUUUUGAAAUCUUCAUUUUUGGUAGGUGGGUUUUGGUCUUUCUGCAAAGUGACCACAUCAUUUUUCUCUACAUCCAAAAGCUGUGGUUGGAUAGUUAUUCUGUCAGAGUUGGAUCUGUAAAAUUCAUUUUUUUUUAAAAUUGGCAAAACAAAUCUUGUUUUCUAUGUGGUUUGCAUGUGGUCUCUGUACUCUCUGAAUACUCUUGUCCUAAACGUGCAUGUAAGUCUUAUUGGUGAUGCUAAAUCACCUUAAGCUGCGUCUGCAUGGUUGUUUGCCUUCAUUGCUUACCCCAUUGUGGAGUUGGAAUAGGCUCCAGCAUGGAUGGCAGCGUUAUUGCACUUUAGGUUUCUUACUUGGUGGCUUUUCGUCUGAGAUUUUGUGUUCUGUACAUUUUAUAUAAACAGGUUAUAAUUAGAGGCAAUGCUUUAAUUGUUGCCCAUGAGCAACUGUGGCAGCGUAGCUAACAAAUCAGAGACACCUUCACACAUCAUCUUCCUUGAUUUUAUUAAAAUUCUCUAACUUAAACUUGAACAGACGUCAAAUGAACAAAUAAUUUUAACUUUGAUGCCCUUGCACGUCAUUCACAGUUAACUUCUGUUGAAUGUAGUUGCUGUCAAAAACAAUAAACAAUUCAAGCAAUAACACCAUUAGAAUUUUUUUCACAAAUGUCCUGCAAACGUAAAGAUGUCCAGAUUUUAAAAAAGGACUAAAUCUGUUUUAUAUGUGCAGAAGAGGCCAGCAGGAUUAAAUUACAACCACAGACACAUGUUAGAUGAUUGAGUUUCAAUCAUGUUGUACCAAAGAGAACAUCUCCAUCUUUAGUUACCUGCAACAUUUUGUCGUAUAUUUUAUUAGUGAUUCAUAAAGGUAGAAUGAGGACAAGUCAAUAUUUGGUCCUAAAGGAGAGUGAUACUACACUUCUGUAGUCAAACAUUAUACUAGCUUUACAACUCUGUAUCAGCUGAUGGUUUGACCUGUGAUCGCCACCAUGUGUUCUUUACAAAGACAUGUCUGAAUACUUGUCAAUAGAUUAUACCUGGUAUAAUCUAUUCCUUCAGUUUACACUCCUUGCACAUAUAGAGAAGUGCCAGAUAUUUAAAAAAAAGUUAUUUAUAAACCGAUAAUUGAUAAAGUGCAAAAUCAUUUUAAAACUCCUGCCUUAUGGAUCCUGGUAUCAUUAGGGCUAUUUAAAAUCUAAAUGUGUCCUUUAUGAGAAUUGUACAUGUGUCAUUUGUGUAAUAUUAUUGUGUCUGUCAAGAAUAAAUAUAAUUUAUGCUGUUAAACAUUAGUAUUCAGUUUGUAAUGUGUCUUUGAGGUCAGUAAAUAAAUAAAAAUAUGAACAGCGCUUGUAUUGAGUGAGUAAAUAGAGCAAAUUAAGCUUCUGUUUGUUGAUUCGUUUAACUUGUUGGGAGCUCAAAGAGGUGGGAUGACAUAUUUUUCUUAAAUAUUUUCCCAAAUCAUAUGCCCAAAUAAAUAAAACUGAAAAUCUAGAAGAGAAGGUUUACUAAUACUUGCUUUAUUCUGCUUAAGUUUUAUUUAAAUGCACCCAACCUCCAACGGAUGAAAGAUUAAUAAAAUUAUCUUAUGAAAGACAAAUAAAACCACGUUAAUAAAAACAAUGCAACCAAACUGUAACCAAGGUCAGACAUCUUUUCUGCCAGCUGGUCAGUCCAUCAUUAUGACCCCUGUUAUCUUCUCCUCUUUGCACUGAUCAUUUUGAUCAUUUUGAACACAUUUCCACUUGCAUAAGCAGCAUGUCGUAAACAUUGCACUUAAAUAAUCUCGAGAGCCCUAGAUUGUGGACACAAAGAUUAUGUAGUUAAAAGUUCUGUCACUUGAAAGCACUUUCCUUAUGGUAAAGUGUUUAAAUCAGAGUGUGAAUAUGUAUGUUCAAGGAUACUUUUUUGUAGAAUCACAUUCAGUUUCUUGUAGUUCAGCAGGAAGCGACGUUGACACUUGAGAAACCUCCUCACCGAGCAAACCAACUUGGUUUGAAAUGAUCGUUGAGGAAAUGUUAUUUUAAAAUCGGGCCACUCCAGCCUGCCGAAGUUCUCUCACAAAUAUCUAUUUGUUUAGCUGUUGUUAAAUUUUUCUGAAAUCGAUGCAAUGUUCUUAUCUGGUAUUAAAACACCUUGCUGCAACGUCAGCAUAGUAGAUUUUUGAUUAAUAACAUUGCAAGUAAGAGUAAAAUAAACAAGAAAAAGGCCUUAUCUGAUGCUCCAGGAACAUUGCGUUUUAGGAUGGCAGAUUUUAUCUUAAGCAGUGAUUUAGAACAAAAUUAAUUGAAAAAGAAAUAAUGACAUGUUGCUCUACUGGUAACAACCCUUCAUAUUUUGAUACAUUCAACAUUUCUUUUGCCAAAAAUGUAACUCUUCUGAAUGCAACACUUAAAAAAGUGUUUAAUUUGUUAAUGAAAACCAUAAACUGGACAGAAAAACAUUACAGACCACAGUUGAACUGACAAUUGCGUAAAUCCAAACCUUUUCAUUUAGAAACUGAAAUGAAUAAUUAUUUGCUUUACGUUGUUCCAUCAUACUCUUUGGAUUGAUUCAUCUUAGUAUAAAAUUAGGCCAGCAAAUUGUGACACAGCACAAUUUUGAAAGAUAAAAAAAUGCUGAGUUAACAUGAGCUUGCUUGUUUUAUCAAAGCCAUAAACGUUAUCAAUUCUGGUCUGGGCUACAAUCCAGUGUGACCUUGAUUUUCUGUCUUUCACUCAACAGUCCAGGCUAACACAGAAUAAAGUUUGGGAAAAUCUAAAAGGGGUGAAAAUAUGUCUUUUUCAAACAGACUGAUGAUUUGUGAAGGAGUCUCUGUGCACCCAGAGUCAUAUCUUCACUCUAACCACUCUGAAUGCCUCCUCUAUCACCGAUUCUCCACUUUGUUUUGUGUAAUGCUGACUUAGUUUUCCCAUCCACGCAUGUUUCAGAUCCCCAAACCGACUAGCAAACGCCUGAAUGUCAUCUUGAUCUGGAAAAAUACAAGAAGAGAUUAUUUACAGAGAAGUAGCCAGUAAAACAAGGUCAAUCAUGAGU